GCAAAAGAUCACAGGCUGAUACUCCCAGCAGGGUAGAUCCUGGGAAUCUGAUCUCCUGGCCUCCCCCACAUCCUCCCCCCUCCACUUCCUGGAGCAGCGACCUGCCCCCUUCCCGCCUGCACUUCCCUCCACUUCCAGGGCCGGGCUUCUCCUCACACCAGCCAGACAGCCUACCCUCCGCCCAGGGGAAGCGGCUGCCUCCGCCAGGCCGCUUCCAGGAAGCUCCGGGCCAGGCCCCAGCAUUGUUCAGGCCCUGGGGCCAGCACCCCAGCCAGCAGAACACCAUGAAGUCCAGCGGCCCUGUGGAGAGGCUGCUCAGAGCCCUGGGGAGGAGGGACAGCAGCCGGGCCACAAGCAGGCCUAGGAAAGCUGAGCCUCAUAGCUUCCGGGAGAAGGUUUUCCGGAAGAAACCUCCAGUCUGUGCAGUAUGUAAGGUGACCAUCGAUGGGACAGGCGUUUCGUGCAGAGUCUGCAAGGUGGCGACGCACAGAAAAUGUGAAGCAAAGGUGACUUCAGCCUGUCAGGCCUUGCCUCCCGCGGAGUUGCGGCGAAACACGGCCCCAGUCAGGCGCAUAGAGCACCUGGGAUCCACCAAAUCUCUGAACCACUCAAAGCAGCGCAGCACUCUGCCCAGGAGCUUCAGCCUGGAUCCGCUCAUGGAGCGGCGCUGGGACUUAGACCUCACCUACGUGACGGAACGCAUCUUGGCUGCCGCCUUCCCCGCGCGGCCCGAUGAACAGCGGCACCGGGGCCACCUGCGCGAGCUGGCCCACGUGCUGCAAUCCAAGCACCGGGACAAGUACCUGCUCUUCAACCUUUCAGAGAAAAGGCAUGACCUGACCCGCUUAAACCCCAAGGUUCAAGACUUCGGCUGGCCUGAGCUGCAUGCUCCACCCCUGGACAAGCUGUGCUCCAUCUGCAAAGCCAUGGAGACAUGGCUCAGUGCUGACCCACAGCACGUGGUCGUGCUAUACUGCAAGGGAAGCAAGGGCAAGCUCGGGGUCAUCGUUUCUGCCUACAUGCACUACAGCAAGAUCUCUGCAGGGGCCGACCAGGCACUGGCUACUCUUACCAUGAGGAAAUUCUGCGAGGACAAGGUGGCCACAGAACUGCAGCCCUCCCAGCGUCGAUACAUCAGCUACUUCAGUGGGCUGCUGUCCGGCUCCAUCAGAAUGAACAGCAGCCCUCUCUUCCUGCACUAUGUGCUCGUCCCCACGCUGCCAGCCUUUGAACCCGGCACAGGCUUCCAGCCCUUCCUUAAAAUCUACCAGUCCAUGCAGCUCGUCUACACGUCUGGAGUCUAUCACAUUGCAGGCCCUGGCCCCCAGCAGCUUUGCAUCAGCCUGGAGCCAGCCCUCCUCCUCAAAGGCGAUGUCAUGGUAACAUGCUAUCACAAGGGUGGCCGGGGCACAGACCGGACCCUGGUGUUCCGAGUCCAGUUUCACACCUGCACCAUCCAUGGACCACAGCUCACUUUCCCCAAGGACCAGCUGGACGAGGCCUGGACUGAUGAGAAGUUCCCCUUUCAAGCCUCCGUGGAGUUUGUCUUCUCCUCCAGCCCCGAGAAGAUCAAAGGCAGCACUCCACGGAAUGACCCCUCGGUCUCUGUCGACUACAACACCACUGAGCCAGCUGUGCGCUGGGACUCCUAUGAGAACUUCAACCAGCACCACGAGGACAGUGUGGAUGGCUCCCUGACCCACACCCGGGGUCCCCUGGAUGGCAGUCCUUAUGCCCAGGUGCAGCGGCCCCCCCGGCAGACCCCCCCGGCACCCUCUCCAGAGCCUCCACCACCCCCCAUGCUCUCUGUCAGCAGCGACUCGGGCCAUUCCUCCACGCUGACCACAGAGCCAGCUGCUGAGUCCCCUGGCCGGCCACCCCCUACGGCUGCUGAACGGCAGGAGUUGGAUCGCCUCCUAGGAGGCUGCGGAAUAGCCAGUGGGGGCCGGGGGGCUGGGCGAGAGACGGCCAUCCUAGAUGACGAAGAGCAGCCCACUGUGGGCGGAGGCCCCCACCUCGGAGUGUAUCCAGGCCACAGGCCUGGCCUCAGCCGCCACUGCUCCUGCCGCCAGGGCUACCGGGAGUCCUGCGGGGUCCCCAAUGGGGGCUACUACCGGCCAGAGGGAACGCUGGAGAGGAGGCGACUGGCCUAUGGGGGCUAUGAGGGAUCCCCCCAGGGCUACGCUGAGGCCUCGAUGGAGAAGAGGCGCCUCUGCCGAUCGCUGUCAGAGGGGCCAUACCCUUGCCCACCUGAGAUGGGGAAACCAGCCACUGGGGACUUUGGCUACCGCGCCCCAGGCUACCGGGAGGUGGUCAUCCUGGAGGACCCUGGGCUGCCUGCCCUAUACCCAUGCCCAGCCUGCGAGGAAAAGCUGGCGCUGCCUACAGCAGCCUUGUAUGGACUGCGGUUGGAGAGGGAAGCUGGAGAAGGGUGGGCAAGUGAGGCUGGCAAGCCUCUCCUGCACCCAGUGCGGCCUGGGCACCCGCUGCCUCUGCUCUUGCCUGCCUGUGGGCAUCACCAUGCCCCGAUGCCUGACUACAGCUGCCUGAAGUCACCCAAGGCAGGCGAGGAAGGGCACGAAGGCUGCUCCUACACUAUGUGCCCCGAAGGCAGGUAUGGGCAUCCAGGGUACCCUGCCCUGGUGACAUACAGCUAUGGAGGAGCAGUUCCCAGUUACUGCCCAGCAUAUGGCCGCGUGCCUCAUAGCUGUGGCUCUCCAGGAGAGGGCAGAGGGUAUCCCAGCCCUGGUGCCCACUCCCCAAGGGCUGGCUCCAUUUCCCCGGGCAGCCCGCCCUAUCCACAAUCUAGGAAGCUGAGCUACGAGAUCCCUACGGAGGAGGGAGGGAACAGGUACCCAUUGCCUGGGCACCUGGCCUCAGCAGGACCCUUGGCAUCUGCAGAGUCGCUGGAGCCGGUGUCCUGGAGGGAGGGCCCCAGUGGGCACAGUACACUGCCUCGGUCUCCCCGAGAUGCCCCAGGCAGUGCUUCGUCAGGGUUGUCUGGUCCCUCCACGCCCCUGCAUACCAGCAGCCCAGUCCAGGGCAAGGAAAGCACUCGGCGACAGGACACUAGGUCCCCCACCUCAGCGCCCACUCAGAGACUGAGUUCUGGCGAGGCCUUGCCCCCUGUUUCCCAGGCAGGCACCGGAAAGGCCCCUGACCUGCCGUCGGGAAGUGGGCCUGAGCCUCUGGCCCCUAGCCCCGUCUCUCCGACCUUUCCUCCCAGCUCGCCAAGUGACUGGCCUCAGGAAAGGAGUCCAGGGGGCCUCUCAGAUGGCGCCAGUCCUCGGAGCCCUGUGCCUACCACACUUCCUGGCCUCCGCCACGCCCCCUGGCAAGGCCCUCGAGGCCCCCCAGACAGCCCAGAUAGGUCUCCCCUCACUCCUGUGCCUUCCCAGAUGCCCUGGCUUGUGGCCAGCCCAGAGCCGCCUCAGAGCUCACCCACACCUGCUUUCCCCCUGGCUGCCUCCUAUGACACCAACGGCCUUACCCAGCCCCCACUUCCUGAGAAACGCCACCUGCCUGGGCCGGGGCAACAGCCAGGACCCUGGGGCCCAGAGCAGGCAUCAUCGCCAGCCAGAGGCAUCAGUCACCAUGUCACCUUCGCACCUCUGCUCUCGGAUAAUGUCCCCCAACCCCCAGAGCCUCCUACACAAGAGAGCCAAAGCAAUGUCAAGUUCGUCCAGGAUACAUCCAAGUUCUGGUACAAGCCACACCUGUCCCGUGACCAAGCCAUUGCCCUGCUGAAGGACAAGGACCCUGGGGCCUUCCUGAUCAGGGACAGUCAUUCAUUCCAAGGAGCUUAUGGGCUGGCCCUCAAGGUGGCCACACCGCCACCCAGUGCCCAGCCCUGGAAAGGGGACCCCUUGGAACAGCUGGUCCGCCAUUUCCUCAUCGAGACUGGGCCCAAAGGGGUGAAGAUCAAGGGCUGCCCCAGUGAGCCCUACUUUGGCAGCCUGUCCGCCUUGGUCUCCCAGCACUCCAUCUCCCCCAUCUCCCUGCCCUGCUGCCUGCACAUUCCCAGCAAAGAUCCUCUGGAAGAGACCCCAGAGGCUCCAGUGCCCACCAACAUGAGCACAGCAGCAGACCUCCUGCGUCAGGGUGCUGCCUGCAGCGUGCUCUACUUGACCUCAGUGGAGACAGAGUCACUGACAGGCCCCCAAGCCGUGGCCCGGGCCAGCUCUGCAGCUCUGAGCUGCAGCCCCCGCCCAACACCAGCAGUUGUCCACUUCAAGGUGUCCGCCCAGGGCAUUACACUGACGGACAACCAAAGGAAGCUAUUCUUUCGCCGCCAUUAUCCAGUGAACAGCAUCACCUUCUCCAGCACUGACCCUCAAGACCGGAGAUGGACCAACCCAGACGGGACCACCUCCAAGAUCUUUGGUUUCGUGGCCAAGAAGCCGGGAAGCCCCUGGGAGAAUGUGUGUCACCUCUUUGCAGAGCUUGACCCAGAUCAGCCUGCUGGCGCCAUUGUUACCUUCAUCACCAAAGUUCUACUGGGCCAGAGAAAAUGAAGGAAGGCCGCAAGCUCAGAGCCCACAUCAACACUGCACCCCUCCCAGCACCCCACAGCCCUCACUUCCCCUGGCCUGGACCCAGGAGACCCAGGAGAAAGCACCCUCCCUUAGGAAUGAGGAGUGGGCAUCAGGCCUGGGACACUGCUCUCCUUCCCCGCCCCCAGCUGGCUAAGUGGAUGGGCCCACGAGAUGACCUUGCAUGUGAGCAGAUGGCAGAGGUGGGUGUGUGAGGGGUGAGGAGGCAUCAGCAGUUGAGCCCCAAAGGAGAUCAGGCAGCCCCACCUGCAGGAGAAUGGCAGCCCUCCAGGGGAUCAGCCCCUGCCAGUUCCACCAGCUGCAGGUCCCAGCACGGCAGGGAUGGGAGGGGGGUGGGGAGCAAGUCACUGCGUCCUCUGAGCAGAGAUUCAGAGUAGGAUCACAUGAAUAGGGGAAAAAAGAGAGUCUAUUUUUGUCUAAUAAUAAAGAAUUUCUAUAAACUUUAGCC